AUGAAAUUCCUACAGCAGUUGGGAUCUUUAGUGCAUUCGGCCUUGUCUUCUCUGUCUCCCUUUUUGCUUGGAUCUGCUGCCAACGGAAAUCUUCCAAAUCCAAUAAGACCCCUCCGUAUAAGUUUGUCCAUGUUCUGAAAGGGGUUGAUAUUUACCCUGAGAAUCUCAACAGCAAGAAGAAAUUCGGAGCAGAUGACAAAAAUGAAUCAAAGAACAAACCAGUGAUGCCAAAAAAUUCUCUCCAUCUUGACCUGGAGAAGAGAGAUCUAAAUGGCAACUUCCCCAAAACAACCACAAAAAUGCAGAGCUCCCCAGAUCUUGAAAAUUCAUCUCCUAAGCACUUUGCAGAAAGGAAGAAAGAUUCAGUAUCCCCUGACAGUUUAAAAUCCAUCACUUCCCUGUCAUCUGACGAUAAACAAGACAAGCUAGGAGCUCUCUUUUUUUCCUUAGAGUACAACUUUGAGAAAAAGGCAUUUGUAGUGAACAUCAAAGAAGCUCGUGGACUGCCAGCAAUGGAUGAACAGUCAAUGACUUCUGAUCCCUACAUCAAAAUGACAAUCCUGCCAGAGAAAAAGCACAAGGUGAAAACCAGAGUGCUGAGAAAAACCUUAGAUCCAGCUUUUGAUGAGACUUUCACAUUUUAUGGGAUCCCCUAUAGCCAAAUUCAAGACUUAACACUUCACUUCAUGGUCUUGAGCUUUGACAGAUUUUCCAGAGAUGACGUCAUUGGAGAAGUCCUCAUUCCCCUCACUGGAAUUGAGCUUUCAGAAGGAAGGCUGAUAAUGGACAGAGAGAUCAUCAAAAGAAAUGUUAGGAAAUCAUCUGGACGUGGAGAAUUACUGGUCUCUCUCUGCUAUCAGUCUACAACAAACACACUCACUGUGGUUGUUUUAAAAGCCAGACAUCUACCUAAAUCUGAUGUGUCAGGUUUAUCAGACCCUUAUGUCAAAGUGAACCUGUACCAUGCUAAGAAGAGAAUUUCUAAAAAGAAAACCCAUGUGAAGAAGUGCAGUCCCAAUGCAGUGUUCAAUGAAUUGUUUGUCUUUGACAUUCCUUGUGAGGGUCUUGAUGAUAUCAGCAUAGAAUUUUUGGUUUUAGAUUCAGAUAGUGGGUCAAGGAAUGAGGUCAUUGGCCAGUUAACCCUGGGAUCUUCAGCAGAAGGAACAGGUGGAGAGCACUGGAAAGAAAUAUGUGAAUAUCCUAGGAGGCAAAUUGCCAAAUGGCAUAUGUUAUGUGAUGGUUAGCAGCUCAGAGAGGCAUUGGAACUUCAAAAACUAUAUACAUUUCCAUAGGCAAGGAGCAGGCUUUUUUCUUUGCUAUGUAAAAUGACAGGAUUUUAACUACAAGACAAUUUUUUUUUUUGAGGGGGUGAAAGGGUUGGAAUAAAACUGGAUUGAAUUAUCAGAAGAGAAGGUAACUAAAUUUUCACAGUAGAUAACGGAAUUUCUAUUUCAUUAGAUUUUUGACAUAAUUAGAUCAGAUUCAUAUUCUGGAUUUUAAAUAAACUGUAACUUCUGCAGCACUAUAAACUCGAGAAGAGCAGACUAUGUUUUAUGAAAAGGUCACUAGAAACCUUAUUAGUACUGUUAU